AGUACUAGGGGUUCGUGAGAAAAGAGUGCUAGAAAGAAUUUUAAUGACUUACUAUGUGAAAAUUUAAAGAAACUUACUAAUGUUUUUAUUAAAUAUGACAUAAAAAUAAAGUUUUUAUGAAUAAGAGUUGUUACAUUUUGUAUCCGACAAUGUAAUGUUAAUAGAAGUGAACGUUUUGUUUCAGUGAUCAGUGUGAAUGUUUGUAAACAGGUCCUAAGGUUAUAGACUUUUAUACACUAAGCUAUUGUACUGGAAAUUAGACAGAAAUGUGUUAUUAUGACAACAAAGUGCUCGAGAAUAUUGCAGCUAGUAACCUACAGGACUAUUUAUUUUGUAUGAAUUAUAUAUUGAUUAUAUACGUCUAAAAUACGUAUGAACUGCGAUUCUGAAUUUCCUAAACUCUCAUCAAUGUAUUGUCAUGUCACAAAUUUAUAGAAUCUUCUAAAGGAAUUGUAUUUCAUCCGUAACAAAUGUGUAGUCGAUUUCAAUUUAUUAGUUACAGCAUUCAAGUUAGAUAACACCUGAGGAUCAUGGUUUCUAGACUUUCACUAUUAAUAUUAUUAAAUGCAUUAUUAUUUAAAUUUUGUUCUGGUUAUUUGUUAGUAUUGAAUGCCAAAGAUUCUCCUGGAUUGGUGAUAUUUGAUGCUGGGAUCAUCACAAAACCAGGACAACCACCCAGAAAAUAUGUCAUGAACUUUCAUCGUACUGCUUCCUUUGUAAAACAUUUAUUACAUGUAGAUCAUUAUACAGGUAGUGUUGUUUUAAAACGCUGGUUAGAUUGUGAUGGUGUUAGAUAUCCCCACAUUUUUACUGUGUAUGUAGAUUCUUUAUCAAAUAGUACUCUGAAUUAUAUUUCAUUUCCUCUUCGAGUGUUGAUCCAGAGCUGUGGAGAUAAUGACUUUGAAGACGUUGGUGACUCCACAACACAAGUGAGAGUGGCUGAAGCCAAAAAGUGGCCCAGUGAAACUGUUGCCUCAUUCGCAGUACAUGGAGAAAGAGAGGACAUAGACUUGUUCCCUCGCCCAGUACGGGAGGUAUGUGUGCGAAAAAGUCAACUGAUAACAAAUGUGGCUGAGUUACUGUUGCCUUUGACUAUAUCUCGAAGCUGCAGAGUGCGCUAUAUACAGCCUGACGAUCCCAGAUUCCUUGUAGAGAUGCAAGGUGGAGACUUGGUUGCCGGAGAAAAUUUCUGUAUUCCUACAGACCCACCUUGGUUGGUGCAGCUCACAGUUGACUAUUUAUGUGAGAAAACCCGUGCACUUCUUUCUCCUGCGAGCCACACUAUAAAGGUGUACUUUGUACACCGGCGGGAGUCUGAUGGCUCACGUGUGCGGAGAGACCUGCAGAGUAAAGCUCCUGUGUUCGAGAAGGUGUUAUACACUGCAACUGUAGCUGAGGAACAGCCAGCGGGGUUGUCAGUGUGCACAGUGUCUGCACGGGACCCGGCCGGGGGUCCUCUCUCCUAUGCAAUGGUGUCACUACUGGAUGCCAGGUCUCAAGGCAUGUUCACCAUUGACCCCAAGUCCGGAAUCGUCUCAACCUUAACCAGCCUGGACAGAGAAUUGAUGGACGUCCAUUACUUCCGAGUGACAGCAUCGGACAAGUCUUUCCCACCGCAUAGUGCUACCACCACGCUGCAGGUACAUGUCCAAGACACCAACGACCACGCUCCUGUGUUUGAGGCUGAGAGUGGGGAGUAUCAGGCAACCGUACGGGAGAGUGUGCCAAUAGGUUCCACUGUCACCACUGUACGAGCUACCGAUAAAGAUAUGGGCCACAAUGCUGAGGUGGAGUAUGCGAUAACAUCCAUCAAUGGAGGAGGAUUGGAUGAGGCGACUGGCACCUUCGCAAUUGAUAGUCACUCAGGAGUGGUAACAACUCGGCUACAGCUGGAUCGUGAGCGUACUCAGGUGUACACUGUGGUAAUCACAGCUACAGACCAAGCACUUCCGACUAACCAGCGCAAGUCCUCCAGUGUGACAGUUGUGGUGCGCAUACAGGACGACAACGACAACUACCCCCAGUUCUCUGAGCGUACAUACUCGGUCACUGUGCCGGAGGACACGGCCUGGAGUCAGAGCCCUAUCAUUGCCACUGUCAAAGCAACAGACGCGGACGAGGGGCACAAUGCUGCGAUACGCUAUGCCAUCAUUGGCGGCAACACACAAGGCCAGUUCUCUAUCGACAGCCAGUCAGGGGAGGUGAGCCUCAUGAAGCCUCUGGACUAUGAAAACACUCGCAGCUUCAGGAUAAACAUCCGAGCACAAGAUGGAGGGAGUCCUGGCAAGUCUAAUACCACCCUACUGCUGGUCAAUGUGAAAGAUAUCAAUGACAACACUCCUCGUUUCUACACUUCCCUCUUCCAGGAAGCAGUCUCCGAGAAUGUUCCAGUCGGGUAUAGCAUCGUUCGAGUGCAAGCUUACGAUGCUGAUGAAGGUCAAAAUGCAGAGCUGACAUAUAGUGUGAGUGGAAGGGACUGGGAGGGAGGCAGCACCAACGAUCUGCCGAUCACAGUUGACAACCAGACAGGCUGGAUACAUACCACACGUCUCCUUGAUCGUGAGACACACGCCAAGUUUCAGUUUCAGGUGCUGGCAACAGAUGGAGGAAUGCCUGCCAAGACGGCCACUGCCAGUGUGGUGAUAACAGUGCAAGAUGUCAAUGAUAAUGACCCUGUGUUCAGCCCAAAGCAGUAUGAAGCUGUGGUGGCAGAGGAUGAUCCUCCAGGCACCCCUGUCACUAGUGUCACAGCUACUGACACAGACGAGAACCCCAGGCUGCACUAUGAGAUCACGGGUGGAAACGUGCGUGGCAGAUUCACUUUAACUACUCAGAAUGGCCGAGGACUGAUCACAAUUGCCCAACCACUCGACUACAAACAGGAAAAGCGUUUUAUCCUCACUGUUCGAGCAACCGACUCGGGAGGGCGCUUUGACACUGCCACUGUGUACGUGAAUGUGUCAGAUGCUAACAACUUUUCCCCAGUAUUCGACAAUGCCCCAUACACUGCCUCUGUAUUUGAAGACGCUCCUGUAGGUUCUACCGUUCUCAUAGUUGCUGCUACGGAUGGAGACGUUGGUCAGAAUGCCCAGAUUACAUAUCUGCUCACAAGCAGCAUUGGGGAGAAUACAGACUUUGUAAUCAAUGCCCAGACGGGUGCUGUCACUACCACAAAGGCCCUGGACAGAGAGACCCAGUCUGGCUACUUGUUGACCGUGACUGCACGUGACAAUGGUAACCCCCCACUGUCAGACUCGACCGAUGUGGAGAUAUCUGUGGCUGAUGUCAACGAUAAUGCUCCCAAGUUUCUAAAGCCUGCAUACAGCGGAUCUGUGUCCGAGGAUGCACUCGUCGGCACCAGCGUCCUCCAGAUAAGUGCGGUAGAUGAGGACACUGGGCUGAAUGGCCGUGUACGCUACGCACUGGGUGGCUCAGGCAGUGUGGAGGCAUUCGUGAUGGACCCAAUCAGUGGAGUUAUCCGCACAGCCAAGACACUAGAUCGGGAGAGUAUAGCUCAGUACGAAAUAGAGGCUCUGGCCAUCGACAGAGGCACUCCCCAGCUCUCUGGAUCUGUAUUGGUGACAAUCCGUAUAGAGGAUGUGAACGACUCACCCCCAGGGUUUGAAAGUGACAAGUUGACCUUGUACAUAGCUGAGAACUCUCCAGUCGGCUCCACGGUGGGAGAACUCCAUGCCAAGGAUCCGGACGAGGGGCAGAAUGCCGUAGUCCAGUACUCUAUCAUAGGUGGUGAGGAUUCUGACAGCUUCUCGCUGGUGCGUCGGCCCGGAUCAGACAAGGCGGAGCUGCUGACAAUGGUGGAAUUAGACUACGAAAGUUCACGCAAACGGUUUGAGCUCAUCGUGAGGGCAGCAUCACCACCACUGCGCAGUGAUGUGCACGUUGAAAUAUUGGUCACCGAUGUGAAUGAUAACGCACCUAGGCUCAAGGACUUUCAGAUAAUAUUCAACAACUUUCGUGAUUGCUUCCCUGCUGGGACAUUUGGCAAGAUUCCCGCUGUGGACGAUGAUGUCUCCGACAAGUUGUUGUACCGCAUAUUAUCAGGUAACAAUGCCAACCUGGUACAGCUCAAUGAGAGCUCAGGACAACUUAGCCUGUCCCCACAGCUUAACACGAAUGUGCCCAAGCUCGCCAGCAUGGAGGUGUCAGUCACAGACGGUGUGAACGAAGUGAAGGCCAUGAUGCAGCUGUCAGUACGGUUGGUGACAGAUGAGAUGUUGCUCAGUUCCGUCACUGUCAGGUUAGCAGACAUGACAGAGCAGGCAUUUCUGUCUCCCCUGCUAGGAUUCUUCAUCGAAGGCCUUGCAGCCAUUAUACCCUGUCCAAAGGAGAAUGUAUACGUGUUCAGUAUACAGGAUGACACAGACGUGAAUGCUCGUAUUCUAAAUGUGAGUUUCUCUGCCAGACAGCCUGAUGGACAGUUCUACUCUCCACAAUUUCUCCAAGAGCGAGUCUACCUCAACAGAGCUGUUCUGGCCAGAAUUGCUACUGUACAGGUGCUUCCUUUUGAUGAUAACCUGUGUGUACGUGAACCAUGUCUUAACUUCGAACAUUGCCUGACUGUACUGAAGUUUGGCAACGCCUCAGGUUUUAUUAGCAGUGACUCUGUGCUGUUUCGUCCCAUCUAUCCUGUUUCCACAUUCGCCUGCCGUUGUCCUACAGGAUUCACCGGUAGCAGAGAACACUACCUGUGUGACACAGAGGUGAACCUGUGCUACUCCAACCCUUGCCGUAACCAGGGCAAGUGCCAACGCAAGGAAGGUGGCUACACCUGCGUCUGUGCCUCGGGAUUCACAGGUUUGAACUGUGAAAUAGACCUAUCUGUGGACACGUGCCAACCAGGUAUCUGUCACUCUGGCUCCACUUGCUCCUCUCUGGUCAAGGGGGGAUUUGUAUGUGAUGACUGUGCCCCCAGUGGGACGUUUGAACACUAUGACCGCCUGUGUCAGCUGCGGGGGCGAGCAUUCCCCCGAGAGUCCUUUCUCACAUUCCCUGCUCUGCGGCAGCGUCAUCGGCUGCACAUUGCCCUCAAAUUCGCAACACUGCUAGAGACAGGGCUGCUACUGUACAAUGGCCGAUACAAUGAGCGUCAUGACUUCAUCGCUGUAGAGGUGGUGGAAGGGGGGAAAGGGGUGCAGUUCUCAUUCUCCCUGGGCUCAGAUGUUACACGAGUUGUGGCACGCUCGGCGCACGGUGUUAGCGACGGUCACUGGCACACCGUUGUCAUUGACUACUUCAACAAGAGUGCUACAGUGAGUUUGGAUGACUGUGACACUACACUUACUAUCAGUCAUGGGGAACAGCUGGGCCUGGCAUGCGCCAACACGUCCACUCAGCUGUUGGAGACCAGAUGUGCUGUUUUGACUGAGACCUGCCACCGCUUCCUAGAUCUGACUGGUCCUCUUCAGAUUGGAGGUUUACCUGCUUUACCCGCCUCUACCACCUUCCAAGUGAGCAGCAAAGAUUUUGUUGGGUGCAUCGCAGAUAUCCACAUUGACCACAAGCUUCUAGAUCUCAACAGUUUUGUGGCAGACAACGGAACACUGAUAGGCUGUCCUCAGCGUCAGACAUUCUGUGCAUCCAACCCUUGUCUCAAUGGUGGGACCUGUUCCGAUGAGUGGGCCACUUUCCGCUGCCAAUGUCCUGAGGGAUGGAGUGGCAAGGACUGUAGUUUAGGUAUCCGACCAGCCUGGCACUUUCAUGGGGAUAGCAUGUUAUCAUUCAACCCUCUUCUGCGACCAAUACAACUCCCCUGGUUGACAGCACUGUCCGUGCGCACGCUGCAGUCCACCGGACUACUCAUUAACAUACAGAUUGGCCAGAACAGCUCGGCCAUCCUCUCUGUGGAGGAAGGUUACCUGGUGUAUCAACUGGAUGGAGAGAGGGUGACACUACACAGUGUGGAGGUGACGGAUGGGGCGUGGCACCGUGUGGAGGUUCAGUGGUCAGUGGCUGGGGUGACGCUCUCCUUGGACUAUGGCCUGCGUUCAGUCUCACGUAGUCUGGGAGCUAAGCUGCAGGGUCUCUAUGUAGGCAAAAUAGUGGUCGGUGGCAGUGAGGACCAGGCAGAGAAGCACACAGGUUUUACUGGAUGUAUACAGGAUGUGAGGAUAGGCACGAGCCACUCACUACUGGAGAGGGCCACAGUACAAGUGCGAGUAACAGACGGCUGUGGUGCAGACGACCCCUGUGAAGAUAACACAUGCCCUCCUCACAGUCAGUGUGUGCCCCACUGGCAGACUUAUCACUGCCAAUGUCACUCUGGAUUUGUGGGCCCUCAGUGUGUUAGCGUCUGCCAGCUCAAUCCCUGCUUGCAUGGAGCAUCCUGCUCUCAGGAUAGGGCUUUCGUCAAAGGUUACUCUUGUCACUGCAACACCAGCUAUUACUCAGGAGAGUACUGCGAGGAGGAGGUGGACCAGACAUGUCCUGUCAGCUGGUGGGGACACCCAGUCUGUGGUCCUUGUAAUUGUCCCACCCACCGUGGCUACAGUCCCGACUGCAACAAGACUACAGGCCACUGCUCCUGCAAGGAGAACCACUAUCAGCCAGAGGGCUCAGAGGAGUGCCUGGCAUGUGACUGCUAUACCACUGGCUCAUUCGACUCCAGUUGUGACUCGGCCACUGGACAAUGCAACUGCCGCAAUGGUGUUAUUGGUCGAGCCUGCGACUCCUGUCCCAACCCUUACGCUGAGGUUACCCUUCGGGGGUGUGAAGUGGUGUACGAUGGGUGUCCUCGCAGCUAUGCACACAUGUGGUGGCCCCGCACUCCGUUUGGUCAUGAGGCACUAGAACCCUGCCCACAUGGAUCACAGGGUCGGGCCUCACGUCUCUGUGAUUCAGUCUCUGGCACCUGGCUAGCACCUGAUAUUUUCAACUGUACAUCUGAUGCUUUCAUGGACCUCCGCAAACUGCUAGGACAACUGGAGACAAAUGAUGUGAGUGUGACAACAUUUGUAGCAGUGGGCACAGGUAGCGCACUGAGCAGGGCAGCCAACAUAACCCGGGGCUUAUACGGAGCAGACAUCCUCAUCACGGAACAGCUGUUGGAGAGGCUCAUUGACCACGAGACCACCCAGACUGGUCUCAACCUCACUCACAGCCAAGAUAAGGAUUACGUGGCUAACCUGGUGCAUGCGGCUAGUGCCAUCCUGAGUCCUGACACUUCCAGAAUAUGGUCCCGGGUACACGAGUUGACCAGUGAGACAGCCGGGGAUUUGAUGGCCUCCGUGCAGACCUACAUGGAUGUGUUGUCCUCCAGUCAGCAUGACACCUACACUGACCCUUUUGAGACCGUGGCUCCCAAUCUUGUAUUGGGGCUGGACACUGUGACCUCGGAAAGUCUGUUUGGCUACGAGAGUGACGGGCUAAGUCGGGACCUGGCGCCUGGCACGUCGGGUUUGGAAACUGAGAGAGUGGUGAUACCUGACACCUCGCAGAUCCUCCAGCCCCCUAUCCAGUUUGCUCCUCUCACCUCGAAGAAGCCAGCUCCCAGUCCCAUGGUAGUUAUCCCUAAGUAUAAUAACUACCUCCAGAACCCAAACAAGUUCGAUCCGUACAGUCAUGUGCUCAUCCCUAUCGACCUGUUGGGCAUCAAAUCACCACAGAAAGGUUCCAGAGUUACAACUCGAGGAGAAACAUCAGUGAAGUGGAUGGGCCGGGCGAGCCGAGCAGCUGUGGUGAGUUAUGCAGAGUAUCGUACAAUGGGUGAAGUGUUACCACUCAUACACGACCAGACGGUGCUCACUCGUUGGGGUGUGGACCUGGCCGUAGCAGCUCCCAUCAUUACCAUCACAGCCACUCCAGCUCUACAUGAUGGGAGUGAGAUGUCACCUCGCAGCUUGUCUCAACUGGUGCCUCUACCAUCACCUAUUAGACUGCGACUGUGGCUCCACCGAGGCCCACACUCUGCACGCUCUAACCCACAGUGUGUCCACUGGUCCACUGCAAGAGGGUUCGGAGAGUGGAGUAGGGCAGGAUGUCACACAGAGCUACCGGCCGGAGAUUGGUGGAGACACGACCCGGUGUUGGUCAACUGUACUUGCAGCCAGUUGGGUAGCUUCACAGUCAUCCAGGAUGUGCUAGGACCUGAGUAUGUUGGUGAGGUGACUGCCUCAGAAAGUUUGGCCACUUGGAUCGGGUUCACUCUAUCACUGUGGGCUCUCGCCAUGGCCACCAUGAUACUGGGGCUGCUGCGUGCCAAGACUAACUCCAGCGCCAUCUACACGAACCAGGCCUUCUGUCUGCUGGUUGCCGAGGGGCUGUAUCUCAUUGCUCUCAAGGCCAGAGCCACACUUGUCACUUAUGAGGUGGGCUGUAAGCUAGUGGCCAUGGGGCUCCAUUACGUCUGGCUCGCCGCACUGUGCUGGUGGUUGGUGGGCUCAGUGCACCUGUACCGCAUGUUGACAGAGAUACGAGAUGUGAACCAUGGACCAAUGAGAGUCUACUACUGUCUCGGUUACUCCCUGCCAGCUGUGGUGGUAGGCCUGGCAGUGGGUGUCAGAGCCGACCAGUAUGGCAAUAUCGCUUUUUGCUGGCUGUCUUUGUACGAGUCGGUGAUCUGGAGUCUUCUCGGUCCUGGUACUAUGGUCGUGUUUGUCAACCUGGCUGUGCUCAUAUUCUCACUGCGGGCUGCUUUCACACUCAAGGAUCAUGUUGCUGGCUACGGGAAUCUCAGGACACUGUUAUGGCUGAAUGUGGUGUCCUUGCCACUGGUAGCCGCAGUAUGGCUGUUGUGUCUGGUGUCUGCGAGUGAACACCAUUCUCUGCUGGUCUACACACUUGCUGUUGUGCUGCCAGUACAGGCCUGGUUCCUGCUGUGUGGCUAUUGUCUAGGCAAUGCCAGAGUGAGGGCUGGGCUCCACCGUGCCCUCAUGCAGCUGUUGGGACACAAGCUGCCUCCUCUGCCUGACGACGACCUACCACGUCCCAGUUCCAGCCAGACACAUCAUCCGAGGUCUGCCCUAGCAUACCGCAACACUGGAGUGAGUGUAACACCAGGAGUCACUGGGUUUGAGGCUGCUCGUAGGCAUCUUGGCAUCUCCACUUCUAGCACCACUUCCCGCUCCACCACCAAGACUGGCAGCAGUCCCUACAGAAGUGACACCCAGUUGCGUCAUACCUCCACCAGUACCAGUAACUAUGACCAGUCUGCCUCCGACGUAGGUCCAACAUUCACAAGACGAACUACCGUCACACAACACACGUCUGAUUCUGAGUCUGAGGCGUCAUUGGAUGGUCGGAGCCUGGAGCUAGCAUCUAGUCAUAGUUCAGAUGAGGACGAGUCAGGACAACACCGCAAGAAGCUAGCUCAGAGUCCUCCUGUAUUUCUGCCUCCCACCAAUAUUCCUCUGAGCCCCUCAUUGACUCGGGCCCCUAUCCAGCCUCCUCCCCACCUCAACGUCAUUGCCAACUCCGAACUGUUCCAGCCCAUCUAUGCUCCUCGCUGGGCAGCCCAGGCCUGCGUUACUGAGCACAUGGGCGUGGAAGAGGGCUAUAUGCCUCACCGCUGGACUAACAUGUCCAUGUCAGACAACGAAGGGCCCCGGGAACACAAACUGCUCAACAGCUACUACACCCCACCUGGUUCCGAGACAGAGGACAAGGCUGUGGGUGACAAGUACCUCUUCCCGUACACAGGUCAGUUUUACUGUGUAAUAUUGCUGGCAUUUCUGCUAUGGAUGACAGGUCUCGCCUAUUAACAUCAAUGAAAAGAUUAAAUGGAGGUUUUUACAUGCUAGUUAUAAUAACCAAAUUCAAUCAGGUGGUAAGUUUUUAGUUUUUUACUGUAAUACAUGUUUCAGGUCAAUUACUGUUGUGAAAAAAAAGUACUUUUUCAAAUAUCACAUAUUUUAAAAUGUAUAAACGUACAAAUACAUGCACUAACAAGGUUAUAAAACUUACACAAUUAUAGCUGUAGUGGCAUAGACAAUAGACAAAUAUUUAUUGUACAAUAUGUUUUCUGGUAUCACAAUGUAAUUAAAACUGGUACAUAGUCAAUGAUU